AUGGAUAACGACAACGUCAACCUUACAAUUUCAGAGAGCAACAAUAUUGCGCAGUCAACAAUGUCCAACAAUUUCAUAGAUUUGGAUGUUUUCGAUCUAGACGAGGCUCUUGCGGUGGCGGUGGUGGACGGAGAACCACGGCGUCUAUUCGCAACGUGGAAGACCUUCGUGUCGAACUUGCCUACGGUUAACGACGUGACGAGGGAUGAUGUUUGCUCUGUUUGCAUGGAAGGGUUUAUUACCCAGCGCAACACGGAUGGGGAAAACAAACGAGUCCCGUGCGGCCACGUGUACCACUCAAACUGCAUCACCCUCUGGUUGGAGCACUGCAACUCUUGCCCGCUUUGCCGCUGCCAUAUCCCCCUUUUCUAG